AGCAUACGUAUCACGUCGUCAUUGACUAAGGGGCCUAGAUAGGAGUACGAGAGGCGGUGAAAGGGUCCCCUCCACCCCUCCUUCAAUUUCUUUCGGACUCGACAGGCUCAGGCACACACCGGUCUCCCAGGAUGAUUCCGCUCCGCAAUCUAUUGCUGCUCGUCCUCUUGGCUUUCCCGGUCACGCUCAUUGGCAAUGCGAGAGGUCCCCUGGUUGCUGCACAGGAUGCAACAGAGGAUGAAGAGGCAAUCGAUGAUUCGGUAGUUGAGGAUGAUGACGAUGAGGCUGAAGUGGAAGAAGAUGAAUCUACAGAUCUGACAGAAGAAAAAGAGGAGGAAGAGGACUUGAGUUCGGGCGAGCCCAAAGCCUCCCCCAAUGCUGAUACCACCAUUCUGUUUGUUAAAGGAGAAGAUUUCCCAGCUAACGACAUUGUAAAGUUUUUGGUGGGCUUUACUAACAAGGGUACAGAAGACUUUGUUGUUGAAUCCUUGGAUGCCUCUUUCCGCUACCCUCAAGACUACCAAUUCUACAUCCAGAAUUUCACCGCUCUCCCAUUAAACACCAUCGUCCCUCCUCAGAGACAGGCCACAUUUGAAUAUUCUUUCAUCCCUGCUGAACCUAUGGGAGGCCGUCCCUUUGGUCUGGUUAUCAAUUUGAACUAUAAAGAUGUAAACGGGAAUUCUUUCCAAGAUGCUGUGUUUAAUCAGACCGUUACAAUCAUUGAAAAGGAAGAUGGUCUGGAUGGUGAAACAAUUUUCAUGUACCUCUUCCUUGGCGGACUCGGCUUACUUGUGAUCGUUGGGUUGCAUCAGCUACUGGAAACAAGAAAGCGAAAGAGACCUGCACAAAAAGUUGAAAUGGGAACAUCUAAUCAAAAUGAUGUGGACAUGAGCUGGAUCCCUGCGGAGACUCUCAGCCAGAUUAUGCAAAGUAGACGAGACAAAGCUUCACCAAGAAGAUCUCCCCGCAAGCGAGCCCAGAAAAGAUCAGCAGGAUCUGAUGAAUAAACAGACUUUGCACUCUGCCAUUUAUCCUGUCCUCUAACCCUACCCUCCUAAUGCCCAAGAUGGGAACCUCUUGAAAUUCAUACUAGCAGCAUUAAAAGGGAAUUGAUCCCUAUUACCCACUCAGACUGCAAAUUAAAUAUAUAUUUUCCUAAGGGAAACUUUGUUUUUAUACAUAAGUAUUUUUUUGACAUUUGAACAAGCAUAGACCAUCUUCCGCAGAUUGCAAUGCACAUUCCACAGUCUGGAUCGUGGAUGCUGAUACCUGAAGCUGUUUCUGUAUGUACGUUGCCUUUUGCUUCACCACUCUGACGGUUUAAUCCACUUUAUACAUGCCUUUCUGUUUCAAUGAAAGCACUGCUGGGUAUAUCUUCAUGUUGGCAUGACUGAGCGCUGAGCCAUGGAUGUCUAGUAAUGUCUGAAUUCAUGUAGUUCAAGUCAUGGCGACGGGUGGAAAUCAUGUUCUGUGGAUCUACUCUGCUGCUUUUUAAUGCCACAGUGCAAAGAUGUUGCUUGUUUUUGUUUUCUUGCAGACCUUGGUAGUACUAAGGCAGCCUUUGGUUAAAAAAAAAAUGCAACUAUACAGGAUUCAAUGUAUAUUUGUCCUGACUUCUAAUAGAAGUUUGCAAUGCUGUUUUAUUUUUUGGCGAGGGUGGGCAAUGAAUAUAGGGUGGUGUGAUAUAUGUGCAGAGUUUUUUGUUUUUCUUUUCACAACAUUUGUGGGCUACGAACAUUAAAAUAGGGGGUAAAAUGUCUGAUGGGUUGGGUAUCCGUGUACAAUAAGCGAGGAGCUUACUUUUCUGAAAUGAUAAAUUGACGUUAAAUCUGCCUACAGGUGUACAAAACAUCACAUUCUUAAAUAAAGGUGAAAAAAGACG